UUGUGGUUAGCUCCUUCUUGCCGACCAACCAUGAGCUCCCAGAUUCGUCAGAAUUAUUCCACCGCGGUGGAGUCAGCCGUCAACCGCCUGGUCAGUUUGCACCUGCGGGCCUCCUACACCUCCUCCCUCUGCGGCCACUGUCUGCGCUUCUAUUUCGAUCACCAUGAUGUGGCUCCAGAAUGCGGUGGCUACUUCUUCCAUGAAUUGGCCAAGGAGAAGCGCAAGGGUGUUGAGCGUCUCCUGAAGAUGCAAAACCAGCGUGGUGGCCCUGCUGUCUUCCAGGCCAUCCUGAAGCCAGGUCAAGAUGAGUUGGGUAAAACCCUGGAAGCCAUGGAAGCCGCCAUGGCCCCGGGGAAAAAUCUCAACCAGAGUCUUUUGGAUCUUCAUGCACUGGGUUCCGCCCCUACAGACCCCCAUCUCUGUGACUUCCUGGAGAGUCACUUCCUAGAUGAGAAAAAGAAGAAGAAGAUGGGUGACCACCUGGCCGGCCCAGAAGCUGGGCGGCCCAGAGGCUGGGCUGCAUGA